GACUAAGUUGCAUUCCUUGAAUCUUCACAGAAAAGAGAAUUCUUUAAUCAGAGUUAGGAAUGUGGACAGUUCAAAAUCGGGAGUGCCUGGGGAUUCUGUCUUUCCCUAUGAUGAUAGCUAUGGUCUGUUGUGCACAAAGCGCUAAUGAACCCAGCAACAUGUCAUACGUGAAAGAGACAGUGGAUAGAUUGCUUAAAGGAUAUGACAUUCGCUUGAGGCCAGACUUUGGAGGCCCUCCUGUUGAUGUGGGGAUGAGGAUAGAUGUCGCCAGCAUAGAUAUGGUUUCUGAAGUCAACAUGGACUAUACACUUACAAUGUAUUUUCAACAGUCAUGGAAAGACAAAAGACUGUCUUAUUCCGGAAUCCCAUUAAACCUCACUCUGGACAACAGGGUAGCAGACCAGCUCUGGGUGCCAGACACAUACUUCCUGAAUGACAAGAAAUCAUUUGUGCACGGGGUUACCGUGAAGAAUCGGAUGAUCCGACUGCAUCCUGAUGGAACGGUUCUUUAUGGAUUACGGAUCACAACAACAGCUGCUUGCAUGAUGGAUCUGCGAAGAUAUCCUCUGGAUGAACAGAACUGCACGCUAGAGAUUGAAAGUUAUGGUUACACCACUGAUGACAUUGAAUUUUACUGGAAUGGAGGAGAAAGUGCAGUAUCAGGGGUUAACAAUAUUGAACUGCCUCAGUUUUCAAUUGUGGAUUACAAGAUGGUGUCAAAGAAGGUGGAAUUCACAACAGGGGCAUAUCCACGGUUGUCACUGAGUUUUCGGCUUAAAAGAAACAUUGGUUACUUCAUUUUGCAAACUUACAUGCCUUCAACGCUGAUUACAAUUCUGUCCUGGGUAUCUUUUUGGAUCAACUACGAUGCAUCUGCAGCCAGAGUUGCACUAGGAAUCACCACCGUGCUGACCAUGACCACCAUCAGCACUCACCUCAGGGAGACCCUGCCAAAGAUCCCCUAUGUCAAAGCAAUUGAUAUUUACCUGAUGGGCUGCUUUGUGUUUGUGUUCCUGGCACUGCUUGAAUACGCCUUUGUAAAUUACAUAUUCUUUGGGAGAGGCCCUCAGAAAAAGGGAGCUGGGAAAACAGACCAGGGGGCUAAUGAGAAGAACAAACUGGAGAUGAAUAAAGUCCAGGUUGAUGCUCACGGCAACAUUCUUCUUAGCACCCUGGAAAUAAGGAACGAAGGCAGUGGUUCAGAAGUGCUUACGAGUGCUAGUGACCCCAAAGCCACCAUGUAUUCCUACGACAGUGCAAGCAUACAGUACCGGAGGCCCCCCACCAGCCGAGAGGCCUAUGGUCGGAGUGCUCUGGAUCGGCACGCCAUUCACAACAAGGGGCGUAUCCGGAGGCGGGCAUCGCAGCUUAAGGUCAAGAUCCCGGAUUUGACUGAUGUGAAUUCUAUAGACAAGUGGUCAAGGAUGUUUUUUCCAGUCACUUUUUCUCUUUUUAAUGUCGUCUAUUGGCUUUACUAUGUGCACUAAAUUCUUUAAGGAUAACAUAAUUUAGAUCAUUACCCUCCUCUAUUGUUCUUUCUAAUCUAGCAGGUCCCUAGCAGCUACACUGCUAUAUUUUUAAGGUAAGAUAUUCAGCCAUCCACUUGGUUUUAGUUCCUACAUAUCAAUUUUAUUACUGUACCAUGUUUACUUCAAAUGAGAACAGUAUUUCCCCCCUAGUACAUUUCGGUCCAGAUUAUUAGCUCUUUGGGAGCAGCUUUGAAACAAUCACUAUUUAUCACCAUGUUUACAAAAAAAAAAAUUACAACAACAAAGAGAUCUAGGGCAACUUUUCCUAAUAUCUCUCAAUUUGAUUUUUUUCUCCUUUUUUAAAAAUGAAAAUGAAAAGAAAACCUUCCUCUUUUCCUGUAUUGCUUCCUGGUGAUCUGUAACAUCACGCUGCCAAAAAAUAAAUAAAUAAAUUCUAAUGUCUCAGAACAAGCCAUUGACAAGUUACAGAUUCUCAGGAAAUCUCUGUUCCCUCCACCCCACAACAGAGGGAAAACAAGGAAUCCCAAAGAGAAAAAGAUUCUCCCACCCACCCCACUCCCAGAAUCUACUCUAUACCUAGUGUGAAGGUUUUCCUAAUCUGUGGGGUGGAGAGUAGAGGAGGUAGGGGUGGAAGGGAGACAGAGACGUCAGCAAUUUGCCUUUAAUUGUGCUUGUCCCGAGUUUGUAUCAAGGUCCUGCAUUGCCUGCUUAAAUGAUGUACUAUACCUUUAAGCUAGAUCCUCUGGAAAGGACUUAUUGAUAGGAUUGUCAGGCAAAAUGUAAAUUAACUUUAGAUCCAAGCUUGUUUGUUAUUGUGAACAUCUUUUCUUCUUCUGACUUAGAAAAUUUUGUGGCAUUGUGCCAUUUUUCUAAAAGACUAUUUCAACUGAAAAGCCCUUGCCUCACAUCAUUCAUCCCUUCCUUGAUGCUCUCCUAUCAUAUUAUAAAGUCCUUGCUCCAGAUGAGAGAAAAACGUAAAAAGACAGAGACAGAGACACACAAAGAGAUAGAAGAAUGCAGAGACUCACAGAAAGACACCAAGUAGAACACAACUGGAAAAACAGAGACACACAGAUACAUCAAGAGGCAAACACAAACAAAGACACAUAAAGGGGAAGGGGAGAAAGAGAGAGAGAAAGAAAGAGAGAGAGAGAGAGAGAGAGAGGAAGCGAAUAUCUUAUUGAGAAAUAAUUUUCUCCUUUCCAUAGGGGAGGCAAGACGAAUAUGCUGAGAAGGCAUGUGAACUGCCAAACAUAACAUGAAAAAGUAGGUAUUUCUCAGUGUUUCGAGAAGCAUUGUCUAAAUCAUGUACUGGUUACAAGAUUCAGAGGGAGUUUGGAAGCAAGAUAUUAGAUUACUGCUGGUUAGUAAAAUAAAUGUAAAUAUUCUACAUGUGCUCCAGAAUAUAAAAUGUAAAAUGAAUCCUCUGGGACAGUUCUGAGAAAACCAAAACAAUUGUUCUCCUAUUCUACUGGUUAGUAAAAUAAAUGUAAAUAUUCUACAUGUGCUCCAGAAUAUAAAAUGUAAAAUGAAUCCUCUGGGACAGUUCUGAGAAAACCAAAACAAUUGUUCUCCUAUUCUACUGAGAACCUUUCUCCAUUUUCAGAAGACCUCAUUGGAGCACGGUUAGUUUCAAGGGAAAAAAAAAUAAUCAGUGGGCCUGCAAAAAUGGCCUUCUAGGAACAGGAAAAUAUCACUUCAAUUUCACCUCUACACUAGAGGAGGGAAGCCUCACCUGCUCUUCCCUGCCCCACCCCCAGUUCCUCACCAUGCCCCUCCCUCCUUCCCAUACCUACCUGGAGGAGAGGUGACCACUAUUUGCCAAAGGCAUGAAGGUGCCUUGGUGGCACCUGCCACCUUCCCCUCUUCUCUCUCUCCUUCUUGCCUCCAACUUUUCAGAGCCCUACCACUCAUGCAGAUGGGAUUCUUUCUCUCUCUCUUCCUCAUUUCCUACACACAAUGGUACAUACAGACGUCAUUAAACAUUCUUAGUUACCUUUAGCUCAUGUCCAACCCAGGGAGAAUCAAGGCUGAACAUUGUGGAGAAAAUAAAUAUUUAGCCUUCAACUGGUCAUUUUAUUCAUGUGCUUUAAAGUGGCCAUAACCUAUUAAAUUGCUUAAAUAACAGAAGGAGCUGGGGGAAAAAAAAGAAGGAAAAUGGUGUGGGCAAUUAUGUCCUGCUAUAGCCUUAGAGAUAGAUGUCCAGCUGUUCAAGUUUCCCAAACAUUGAAGUAGAUUCUCCAGUGUAGAUACAUCAUAGAUGUUACUGCACAUUCAUCCCUUUGCAUUCAUGUUACUUUGGCCAUAAUGUUACACAUGAUGUGCAUUACACUUACCAGCUUUAGGAGGCAGAUACUCAGGUAAAAACAUGUUGAGGGCUGGAACUACCUGAGAGAGCUUUGCCUCCAUUCUCUUUUGCCAAAUAGAAGCAGGAAACUGGCUGGUCAUGUUGCUGGUGGAAUGAGGCAAAAUGUUCUCACAGUCCAACCUUUCUAGUGCUUUACACUGGGAAACAGGAGAAGGAAAUACGUCAUGUGCAAAAUGACACUGGUUCAUGGGUCCAAGGGUGGGAUUUUCUUAAAUGAACAUUAUGUAUGAUACUUGGAAAUAUUCUCAAGUACAUUCCAUCUUUCUGAAGUUGGUGACUAUUUUAUAACAUCUGUUUGAGAAGCUUAAUUACAACUUGCCAAAUGAAAAAUAUAUUUCUAAUGCCAGACAGAAAGAAUCUCCAAGAUAUCUUAUGAUGAUGUCGAUUCCUUAGCAUCUUACCAAAGGGUGAUAUUCCACUGUCUUUUCUAAACCAAGUAUAAUCAAAAAAGUGUUUGUUUUGGUUCACUUUGGUUCAGUUGGCAAUUGUGGUGAUGGGAAUGACAGAAUAAAAUGUCUCAAGAAAGAAAAAGCAUGCCAAGAUAAAAAUUCUAAGAGGGGUGUGGAAUAAUACCUUAGCAGCCUCUAGCAAGGCGGAUGUAAAUGCUCAUGUAAAUUCUGUAUAUAGUUCAUUGAAAUGUUCUGUCAUCUUAUGUUGUGUGUGGUUGACCAUGGCUUUGAAUGGAUGCUUAAAAAACCUGAGACCUGUAAAUAGUA